GGAGUUUGGAGCUGUUGUUAUAGUAUUAUAGUGUAAUAACUGCGAACAUUGCGUCAUCCACCAUCUUGUAAUAUUAAAGGAAGUUGCAUCAUUCUCUUGACAUUGAGAGGCGCCAGCCAGACCAGAAGGGGAAGUCCCGAAGGGAAACUCCCGAAUUUAUAAUUAACUCUUACUUUAUACCAUAGAACACUCUAAUUCUUAGUCACAUGCAAUCCGGAGACCACUGCGAGAAGGCAGCUCUCCCCAUGUCACUGUUAUAUCGUUCUAACCUUUUAUUUCUAUUAAAUUGUUAUGUUUAUUAAAUUAUCGUCAUUAUUUACUCCUAUGCUGCACUAUCUCCCACAAAUAAUGGGGGCUUUCGUCCGGAAUUUGAACGGCGAGCUGUAACUAUUUCUAAACUUUAAAAUCCCGCGAAGGGAAUUUUAACCAACUACUUCGAAAUCCCGAGAAGGGGAUAUUUUUCAGUCAAGUAACUUUAGAAAUCCCGAGAAGGGGACAUUCACCGAAAAAAAAAGGAAAGCGAAAUUCUGCGCUCGAGAAGGAGAUCCAGAUUUUGUUCCUAUUUUAAAUCCCGAGUAGGAGAAUCACCGAACUGUUCACCGAAUCACCGAAAUUCUACGCUCGUGGAGGAGCGAUUUAUCAAAGUGCAGCAAAAGCAGCUGGAAUCCACGAAUUUUCUGGAGUCAUACUGAUCGAGAGGGGAGAAGUGCAGCAAAAAAUCAGCGACUGGAGAAAAGCAGCAGCAGAGACCUCUGAACUUUCCUAAAUCAGCAAUAACCGAAUCUGUCUCGAAGGACAGAAUUGAUCCAGAAACUUCUGUCGCGAAGGACAGAAUUGAUCCAGAAACUUCUGUCGAGAAGGGCAGAAUUGAUCCAGAAACUUUCCGAAAUUAUUGGAAUAUCCUGUGCAAAUCAGCAAGGCAGUCAACUUUUCCGGGGAAGUGCAAUCGUGAAAUGCUUAGAUACGAAAAGGAUACGAAUCUGGUUUGAAUCAACGAAUCGAGAAACAUUGGAUUACCAUUGGACACUGAGAGUCUCUUCAAUCAAGGUAGGAAAUUUUCAAUUUUAAAAAAUGUAUAAAAAUUCAAAGAAAGAAGACCUAGUAAAAGUAUUAGAGGAAAUAGGAGGCAUCGCAGACAGCAUCGAUAAUAUCGUUAAAUUAAAAGAAAAAAUUGAAUGUUCCGAAAUAUUUAAGAAUGAUUCUGAAUUUGUCAAAAAUUUGAUAGCUAACGCCGUAGAAGAAAGAGUACAAGCAGCAGACAGGGAACUUAAACAAAGCGAAAUUCAGAUUGAGUUAGAAAAAUUAAAAUUAGAAAGACUCGAGAAAGAAAUGCUUUUAUUAGAAGCGAAAAACAAAGCAUUUGAAAUCGACCCUCCCAAAACAAUAAAUGAUACACCCGCAACAAACAUUGAGAAUCUAAUUCAUAGCAUUAAAACUAUAUCUCUUCCAGUUCCAUCGAAACCUGAAAACUUUAAUCAAUUUUUUUCAUCGUUGGAAAGAGCUUUUAGUACGAAAAACAUAAAUGAGGGGCUUAAAGCCGAAAUCUUAAUUAACAUGCUAGGUGAAAAAGCAAACAACAUCUUGUUAUACAUAGAAGAUGAGGAUUUAAAAAACUAUGAAAAAUUAAAAGCUUUAAUACUGCGCGAUUUUCAACAAACUCCCCAAGAAUGUUUGAAUAACUUUAAAAAUGCCUCAAAAUUUGAAGAAGAAACAUAUAUUCAAUUUGCUAGUCGCUUAAAUUCACAUUUCGAGUAUUAUUGCAAAUUACGUAAAGUUGAAACAUUUAAAUCAUUAUGCAAUUUAAUCAUAUCCGAUAAAAUAAUUGAGAUAUUAAAUAAAGAGAUGGCCAGUCAUAUUUUAAUCCGCCAGGGAGAAAAUUGGUUUAAUCCUGUCGAGUUAGCUCGAGAAUUAGACAUUUACACUACGUCUAAAAAUAUGCCUUACAGAGAAGUUUCCAAUACCCAUAAAUAUGGGCAGAACACUUUUUUUCGAAGCGAGAAAAAAUAUUUCAGAAAAAACCAGCCGGAUCGUUUUUCUCAACCGAUAAAUAAACAAAAUAGAGCAGAGAAACAAUGCUAUAUAUGUGGAGAGAUCAGUCAUUUUGCACGUGAUUGCGAAAAGAGAUUGAAAAAAACAUAUGAUUCCAGAAGCGAUAAAUCAGAAAGAAAAAAUACCCCUCCCAGUGAUAACUUAAGAAAUGAAAGCUUUAGUGUUAAUUCCUGCAAACCAUCUGGAGAAAAUAAUUUUAAACACGAGUUGAAGUAUGCUCAGAUUUAUUUGAAUAAGAAUAACCCAGUGAAUGCCAUAAUUGAUUCAGGAGCUCAAAUAUCGGUGAUUAAUUCAAAUAAAAUAAAAAUAAAAGAUUUUCCUCAAUCUAAUAUAAUGCUGACGUCAUGUUUUGGGGUUGAACGGAAAGCGAAACUUAUACAGAUCCGUAUGUCUCUAUAUCCCAAUGAGUCAGGGUUGAAGGUCAGCGCCGCUGUUUCGGAUGAACUUAAAGUAGAUGCAAUAAUAAAUUCAACGAUUUAUGAGCAAUUAAUAAAACUGGGUCAGUCUUCUUCAAGUGUAAAUACUCAAACCAAAACUUCUAAGAGUGAAGAUUUUUAUGAAUGUUCUUGUUUCAAUAUUAAUGACUCUUGCUCUUGUGAAUGUUUUUUAUUUAAUAUCAACAAUGUGUAUAGAAAUGAUGAACCUAAUUUAUCACAUGUUAAUGAUCCUUGUAUUAGAAAUGAACUGUCCGCGUUGAUUAAUAAUUACAAACCAAACAAAAUUAAAGACACUAAGUUAACAAUGAAAAUUAUUUUAAAAGAUGAAAUCCCAGUAUGUCAAAGAGCUAGACGUUUAUCUUUUUCUGAGAAACAAAAGGUAAAUGAUCAGAUAUCAGAAUGGUUAAAAACAGACAUAAUUAGAGAGAGUUGCUCUGAUUAUUGUUCCCCAAUAGUUCUUUGCAAAAAGAAAGAUAAUAGCUUAAGAUUAUGUAUAGAUUACCGGAAAUUAAAUUCAAAAACAAUUAAAGAUAGAUACCCCUUACCUCUUAUUGAAGAUGUGUUAGACCAAUUACAGGGUUCUAAAAUUUGUAACAAAAUUGAUCUUCGAAAUGGGUUUUUC